GCGGGUAGCCAUCGGAGGGCUAGUCUUGUUUCACAGUCGCACGCGACGACUGUUGUUUUGAGACGUACUUUGGCCGAAUGCGAUAUUAUAAAAAGCACGGUUCAUCCAUGUCUGCCUCGAUCUGAAGACAAAUCAGUUGACGGAGAUCCGCUUUGUUCAUUAACAUUUCGUGAAGAUUCCAUAAUAACUACAU